AUGGCAGGUAAUAUUUCUGAUGCUCAAAAUCCUUUAAACUGUUCAGUGUGCCUGGGGCUAUUCAAAGACCCAGUAACUACAUCUUGUGGGCACAGUUUCUGUAAGGACUGUAUUGGUAGGUUCUGGGAUAGGAGUCAUCAUCAGAGGGUAGGGUAUAACUGUCCCACAUGCAGACAACCAUUCAACAAAAGACCAACUCUCAGCAGAAGCACUGUGUUGGCUGAACUCGUAGAGGAAAGGAGGAGAAUUCCAGAAGCUGGACCCGGAGAUGUGGAGUGUGAUGUUUGUACAGGACGAAAACUAAAAGCCAUCAAGUCUUGUUUGGAGUGUUUAGCUUCUUACUGUCAAAUUCACGUCCAGUCUGAAAUUUUGAAGUCACACAACCUGGUGAAUGCUACCCCAAAUUUACAGCAGCAGAUCUGCUCUCAACAUCACAAAGCUCUGGAGAUUUACUGUCAUGAUGACCAGAAGUGUAUUUGUGUAGAAUGUAUAAAUGAGCACAGAGGACAUAACAUAUUCUCAGCUGUAAAAGAAAUGGCAGACAAAAAGGAGGAGCUAAAAAUAAAAAAGAAUGUUGUUAUACAGAAUAUAACAGAAAUAAAAAGGAAUGUGCAGGAGUUAAAUAACACUGUUAAAAUUCAGAAGGACUCUGCACAGGCAGCAGCCAAGCACAGUGACAAAAUUUUCAGUGAGUUGAUACGCUCCAUUAGAAAAAAAAACAAAGAAGUAAGCGAAGUAAUCACAGCUCAAGAGAUGAAAGAAACAACAAAAGUUCAGGAUCACAUACAGAAGCUUAAUCAGGAGAUAAGUGACCUGCAGAAGGAAAAUAUUGAUCUGGAGCUGCUUUUACAAACAGAAGAUCACAUUAAUUUCUUCCAGAAUUAUGCUUCCAGAUCUGAAACGCCUAUGUUCCCAGUUUUGCAGAGGACUUUUAAUAACCUUGUGCGAUUUGGGGAUGUUGAAAAAUCUGUUACAGAGCUGAAAAGAAAAUUAGAUGAAGUCUGUAAAGAGCACAUUGGCAAAAUAUUAAGAAAAGUCAAUGUGGGUGAUGUUCAAAUAUCCGAAAUGUCUGUAAUGAUCGAACCUGUGUCCAGCCCCGAAAUUUAUCCCUCAAAUCUAGCAUCUCCGUAUCGGAUACCAGAAUGGUCUGUCCUGGCCGACAGCGACUGAAUGUGGAGGCUACAGUGGCAAAAAAUAUAUAUAUGUGAACCUUUUGGAAUUUCAUGAUUUUCUGAAUAAAUUUGUCCUAAAAUGUGAUCUGUUCUUCAUCUAAGUCAAGGGUAUUGACAAACAUAAUGUG